AUGCAAAGACAAACAGAGUCUUUAGUCUAUGCACCAUCAUCAAAACGAGGUAUUGAAAAAAUGAGCGAAACUAAUAUCAUUCAACAAAAUAUUCAACAAAAUAUUAGAGACAUUGAUUCAUUUGAUUGUGAUGACCCUUUUUUCAUGACAACGUAUGCAAAGGAUAUAUUCAAAUAUUUAAAAGAAGAAGAAGAGUUAACGAUAAUUCCUACUGGUUUUAUGUCAGGCCAAUUAUAUAUCACACCAAAAAUGAGACAAAAAUUAGUUGAUUGGAUUGCUGAAAUCUCUACAGUAUUAACAUUGUUAUCUGAAACAUAUCUGUUAACGAUAUAUAUUAUUGAUAAAUACCUUUCAUUAAAUAAAACUGUUGAGCGAAAUAAUUUUCAAUUACUUGGUGUUGCUGCUGUUUUGAUUGCUUCAAAAUUUGAAGAAUAUUCAUAUGUUAUUGUAAGUGAUUUAGUUACAUUAACAGGAGAUGCAUAUACUGCUGAUAUGAUCAAAAAUAUGGAAUGUCAAAUUUUGAAUACCCUGAACUUCCAAAUCAUUAGACCAACUCCUUUAGAUUUUCUUCGUCGUUUUUCAAGAGCAGCUGAUAACACAGAAAAACCACACAUCACUGCUCGUUAUUUGAUUGAACUAGCAACAUUAGAUUAUCAAUUAAUGGAAAAAAAAGUAAGUCUACUUGCUGCUGCAUCAGUGUAUCUUGGAAGAAAAAUGUGUGAAACGACCCCUUACUGGGAUGAAACAAUGGCUUUUUAUUCUGGGUAUUCUGAACAAGACAUUCUUGAUACAGCAAGAAGUCUUAACAUUUUACAUAAAUUUACAAUGUGUUCUAAGAGUAAUUAUUUAAAAAUAAAAGAGAAAUUUGAAGACGAACAGCAUAAGUACGUUUCUCUUCUUCCUCCUUGUCCUGAUUUUUAA